AUGUACUCUUCAGGCAGGUUUGGGUUUUGGAAGCCCACAUCCACUAGCAGUCAGAGCAUCCAGAAGGCAACACAGUCCAACAAUCAUACUCUCAAGGAGGCCAAAGGUAAAGCAGCAGAGUCUGAUACUAGUGACAAUGACAAGAAUCAGGGCAGAAUUGACAAUGACAAACAAAUGUACAUCUCCUGCUACUAUCUCAUCUGCAAUAUCAUGGUGUUUAGCCAGCAUGAAGGGAAUUCAAGUGAUGAGCAUGAGAAUGGAACUCAGGAUGAUUUUAAUCCUGACUAUAAUAAUCUGAACGAUGAUAAUCCGGACAAUUUCAAUCCAGAUAAUGAUGAAGAUUUCAAUCACCAGCCUGACACUCAAAAGAAAGACUUUAACAAGCAUCAAGAUGCACUACAACUUGUCCAAGAAGUCAUUGAUGCUGCAUUGUGGAUAUACCAUGAGAAGAAGAUCAAAUUGGAUAAUGGCUAUUUUCCACAGUACCGGACACAAAUGGUGCAGCUGGAUAGCUGCCUCAAAUUCUACUACAGCAAUAGCAAGAAGGCCCUCAAGAACACAGACGAAUUUCAAUGUUCAAUACCUGUCAAUGGGCUGCUUCUUGUGGCCAUGAUGAUAAAGGGUGUCACCACUGGAUUUCACAAGACCGGCACCGACAAAUCAGUAGACAACCUCAUUGAUAAUCCUGAACAUGGCAGGGAGAUUGAAGAGAUGCUGGAGGAGUGGGCUAUGACUGGGAUGGGUGACCAUUAUUUUGAUGAUGAUGUGGGAGGUAGUGAUAUGGAGGAUGUCAAUGUCAUCCUAUAA